CGCCAAAUUUGAACAAGUCAAGACCUAUCUUUUCCUUCCACACUUGGAAGUUAAGAAUUCACAUUAUCCUACAUGCCACCCCCAUAAUCAACCACCUUUCACCGGACCACCGUGUACCAUAAAACCAAUAUGUCAAUACUACCCCUACCCUCUCUUCUCCUCCUCCUCUUCCUCCUGCCCUUUCAUGUAAUUCCACAACCCACCACCACCCAAAAUGACCAAACCACCCUUCUCAACCUUAAACACUUCUGGUCCAAUCCACCCUCCCUCAGCCACUGGAACCAGUCCUCUGACCCCUGCGGCUGGCCGGAGAUCACAUGUACCACCGCCACCAUCACCGGAAUCGACUUACAAGAUAAAAACAUCCACGGAACGGUUCCUCCGUUCAUUUGUGACCUCAAAAACUUAACAUAUCUUGAUCUGAAUUACAACUAUUUCACAGGAGACUUUCCGACGGCUCUCUACAACUGCAAAAAUCUGCAAUACCUUAAUCUCUCACUAAACUUCUUCGUGGGACGGAUCCCGGAUGACAUAUCACGGUUAUCCCAAGAGCUCCGGUACCUCGACCUGUAUAACAAUAACUUCACUGGUGAUAUUCCGGUCAGCAUUUCAAGAUUAUCAAAGCUUUUGUCACUUCAACUACACAUGAAUCUUUUCAACGGUAGUUUUCCGGAGGAAAUCGGUUAUUUAAACGAUCUUGAAGAAUUAAACUUGGCCUAUAAUGGCUUUAAGCCAUCAAGACUCCCCCUGGCUUUUACUCGGUUGAAAAAGCUUAGAAAGUUUUACAUGGCGGAAGCGAACUUGAUCGGUGAAUUACCCGCAAAUUUAUCCAGCAUGAUCGCGCUCGAGCUGCUGGAUUUGUCUAUGAAUCAGAUCAAUGGAUCAAUACCAAGUGAUCUGUUCAUGUUAAAGAAUUUAACAGAAGUUUAUCUUUCUAAGACUAAUCUAGCAGGCGAGAUUCCAGAUUCAAUCGAAGCAGUGAACAUGACGAUGAUUGAUCUCUCAGAAAAUAAGUUGACUGGUAAAAUCCCCGAUGGGUUUGGGAAGCUGAUGAGUUUAACGAACAUGAGCCUCAUGAUGAAUCAGCUAUCCGGUGAAAUUCCAGUGGGUAUCGGUCGCUUGCGUAGCUUGCGAAAUAUAAGAAUUUUCACCAAUAAUUUAUCUGGUCCAUUGCCACCGGAUUUUGGAAGGUACUCUAACCUGGAUAUAUUCGAGGUCAGCAUAAACCAGUUGACCGGAAACUUACCGGAAAAUUUGUGUUACAAUGGAAAGCUUAUAGGUUUGAGUGUUUUCGAUAACAGUCUUUCAGGCGAGAUACCAAAAUCCCUUGAAAACUGUAACACCUUGAAGAAUUUUCAGGUUUACGGGAACAGAUUUUCAGGAACAAUCCCUGAUGGGUUGUGGAAGGUUUCGAUGUUAGAAACAGUGAUGAUGAGCGAUAAUUCAUUUUCCGGUGAGCUUCCCCAAGAAUUGGCGCCAAAUGUAUCAACACUUGAAAUCAGUAAUAACAGAUUUUCCGGUCAAAUUCCUACCAGCAUAUCGUCUUGGACAAGUCUUAGGGUUUUCAAAGCAAGUAAUAAUCUACUCGAUGGUGCGUUACCGCAAGAUAUAACAGCACUUCCAAAUUUAGAAACUUUGUUGCUGGAUGGGAACCGGUUCACCGGAGAAAUACCGGCAACUAUAGUCUCUUGGAGGUCACUCAACACUCUAAACCUCGGUCGAAACCAACUCACCGGUCAGAUUCCGGUGGGUCUCGGGUCGUUAGAAACUCUCACGGUAAUGGAUUUGUCGAGAAACAAACUUUCCGGUCAAAUACCAAGUCAACUUGGCAGACAGCUCGUUUUUCUUAAUCUUUCGGACAAUAAUCUAAACGGAAUCAUUCCAAGUCAGCUCAAUAACGGAGCCUUUGAUAAAAGCUUCUUGAACAAUCCCGGCCUUUGUUCAGAUAACCCGUCAUUAGGGAUUAGAUCGUGCAGCUCCCGAUCUAAAACUGGAUCUAGCAAGAAUUCAGUCAAGUUUGUGGCGAUGAUUGCAAGUAUAGCGGUGAUAUUGUUGAUCAUGUCGGUACUAAUAACCAGAUAUGUCAUCGUUUAUUACCAGAGAAAAAAGUAUGGUUUGGAUACAAAAUGGAACUUCACUGCUUUCCAGAAAUUAAACUUCACAGAAUCCACAAUCUUGCCUCGUUUGACGGAAAACAACGUGAUCGGGCGCGGUGGUUCCGGGACGGUGUACCGGGUUCCUGUAAACAGAUCAGGGGAUUUCGUCGCGGUAAAGAAGAUAUCAAGCAAAAAGGACUUAGAUCAAAGGCUUGAGAAAGAGUUCUUAGCAGAAGUCGAGAUUCUAAGCAUGAUUCGCCACUCAAACAUAGUUAAACUGAUGGGUUGCAUUUCAUGUGACAACUCAAAGCUCCUUGUGUAUGAGUACUUGGAAAACCGAAGUUUGGACCGUUGGUUGCACCAAAAGCAGGCUCCAUCCAGCCGUGGGCUCAAUGGUUCCGUGCGUCAUAUGGUGCUUGAUUGGCCUACAAGGUUGCGGAUAGCAUUGGGGGCGGCUCGAGGUUUGUGUUAUAUGCACCACGAUUGUGUGCCCCCGGUAGUUCACAGGGAUGUGAAAUCAAGCAACGUGCUCUUAGAUAACGAAUUCAAUGCCAAGAUAGCUGAUUUCGGGUUAGCCAGGAUCUUAGCCAAGGAAAGUGAACUCAACACGAUGUCAACCGUAGCCGGUUCAUUCGGAUACAUGGCUCCGGAAUAUGCUCACACGACCAAAGUAAAUGAGAAGAUCGACGUUUAUAGCUUUGGAGUGAUCUUGUUAGAAUUGACAACGGGGAAAGAGGCCAGCAAUGGCAGCGAGCAUUCAUCACUAGCCGAAUGGGCUUGGAAACAUGCUUUAGGCGGUGCACCAAUAGUAGAUGUUUUAGACAAUGAAUUUAAGAAUCCUGUGUAUUUGAAUGAGAUGGCUAGUGUGUUUAAACUCGGGCUAUGGUGUACCAGUCACCUGCCAGCCAAUAGACCCUCCAUGAAGGAAGUAUGCCAGAUGCUGCUAGGUUGCAGCAUGGCAGCCAGGACGGGGAAGAAUGUUGGUGAUGUGGCUGAUCAUAUUCCCCUUCUCAAGCUCGAAGAUGUCUAAAAAUAUAGUACUUUAUAGACUGUAUAUGGCAACAAGUGCGAUUAUACGUUGUAGCGUUGCAGCUGAGAGGUCUACAUGAGCUGUCUGUAACGCACACCACAUGAGCCAAACUUUUUUGUAGUUUUUCAUAGUAUAGAAGAUAUAUAUAAAUAAAGUUCGCUGUUCUAGUGUAUUAUCAUAGAUCCACCACCGAUAUGGUAAUAAAAUGUUGUCCAACCCCCUAUGCUUUA